CUCCAACUGAAUCAAUACGUUUGGUGCACCGUCUCCUGCAUCGAUGAAGGGCCUGGCCUGUGCUCAUCCGGAUUGUGACUAUGCCGUGACCGACGACCGGCAGUUCGGCGGCUUCUGCUGCAAGCGCUGCCACGCGGCCUUCGUGCGCGGCGACCCUGCAACGCAUGGGGCCCAGUGCAGCAAGGCUUCGGCGAAGGGGCUGAAAAAGGCGGAGCCUUUGCCACCAGAGGCACCUCUGGCAGAGAGCACUAGCAAGAGAGCUUGGCAGCUGGCGCGGCAAAAUGGUCGUGAGGAUGCCGCGCAGAGGGCCACGAAGCAGAAGCAGGCCAUGCAAGAGGAGACCGAUGAACCGAUCGAGAGAUCCGAGGCCGAGGAGGUAACCCGAGACGAGUGGCGCACGCGGCGCACGCGCCCGAGAUCCCGACAGAGCAGCCGAGAUCCGGAGAAGCCGCCUCGCCGGCGGCGCGGCUCCGGAGGAUGGUGGGAGAGCAGCGAGCCGCACCAGGCACGCCAGGCGCCGAGGUCACGGCAGAAGGGGUGGAUGGAGGAGCAGGAGGAAGCGCUGGAAGGACGUCUGAGCGCCGAAAAAUUGCACAAGCUGGAAGCCUUCACCUCUGUCACCUGGGUCCUUUCUGGCGGUCUCCCAAUCCACCGUGUCGCUGAGGAGAAGCGGCAACUGGACACAACCAUGGAAGCUGGCGUGAGUGCAGGCCUUCUUCCGAAUCGAGUGUCCAUCUCCCGUGCAUGCGUGAAAUCGGCACGGUCUGCAGGUCGAAGUCGAGACUCCGACCGCUCCCGGACGCGCAGCCGGAGCGCGGACGACCUGCACGAUGCGCCCUGGAGGAAAGCAGCCCUGGAGGUGACCCAAGAGCAGAGAGAGAAGCACAUGGCGCGGCGGUGCAAGGCAAAGGCGAGGCAAGCGCAGAAGCUCCAAUCGGGGCACUUUACCGCUGCAGACCUGAAAUAUGGGGCUCAAUCAGGCAAUUGGCUGCUGGCACCCAAUGGGCAAUCUGACAUUUGCCGCCUAUGCCAUGCAGCACUGCGGAAGAGGAAGGCAUGAGACCCAA